AUGGUUUUAGAGGACGAAAGCAGCGACGACCAUUCUAGCCUCCCGUACAUGCAGUCUUCUUCCUCCACAGACGGUCUCAGCGAGGUUUUGAUUUGGCCAUUGUCUUUGUGCGAGCUUCUGCAGGUCCCUUUCAGCAUUGAAGAUCCAGAUUACAAGGGGCUUGAGCUGGAUGUGAUGUCUCCAUGUGAGAAGCACGGCAUGGCAUCUGAGAGGCUUGUUGCCUUUGAAGGAACAGACACAGGCAGGAGGUUUUUAGCAUGUGCACAGCCGGAAGGUAGCAAUUGUGGCUUUGUUGAAUGGGUUGAUCACCAGUGGCCCCCAACAAUGCAGAAUGCAUUGUUGAAGCUAUGGGCAAUGGUUGAAGAUGCCAAAAGUGCUAGGGUGAAUGACAAUCUUGAAAGUUCUUUCACUAUCCACCAUCUGACAGAAGAGAAGAACAACCUGGAGGCCAACUAUGACAAGCUAGUCCAAGAUGUGCAUCAGCUUAUGAGCUUCCAGGAGGAUAGGGUGGUGGAUUUCAGACAUCUGCAGUCUGCCAUUACAUAUCAGCAUGAAUGCAGAAGUGAACUGGUGGCUGAUAUGAAUGCAAAGAUGGCAAAGAAAGAUGCAGAGUUUGAGAAGUUUAAGCAGAAUUAUGAUGUGCUACUGAACCUGACAAGAGCUCAAGCUACAGUCAUCCAGAACCUGAAGUUGAAGCAUAUUACUGAUAAGCAAUUGCUUACUGAAGCUAAGAUGAACUUGGAGUUGAAGAAUGCAGAGCUCACAAAGUCUGAGGAGAAGCUCACCCAAGAUAAGCUAGAGUUGAAGUUUCAGGUUGCUGAUUUGCUCAAGGGAAAGGAAAAGCAUGGUGAAGAGAAGGGGAAGCUAGAGCUUCAGAUUGCUGGGUUGAUUAAGGCAGAGGAGAAGCUGAAGGAGAAGAUCAAGGGGAUCCAGGCCAUCUUAGAGAAGUGA